CCAAGCACUGGCCGGUUCCGAGCUAUUGACUAUCCAUUGACGCUGGUGACAUUGAUAGCCCUGUCACAAAAUCAUAAUCAGAGUGCCGUCUGUAUCACUUUAUGAUACUCGUAUCUGGUUUAUGGUAUAGAUACAACUUGGAGGAACAUCGAAUCCGAUUUACGAUAAAACUCUUACGAUAUAUCCAAGAUUUCCGUUCUGUCGAGUAUAAAAGCAAAAUCACGACACAUGGAUACGCUUAAUAGGCACGUACAAAUUCAACGAAUCAUUCACUAUGCUGGUUCGCCUGGCAUAUGCGACGACGAUGCUCCUGAUCCUGCUCAGUGGAUCAACCAGAGCCAUUCGAGUGGCGCCGCUGAGCGCCAAGCAGCAGGAAAGGUUAUCCCAGGGGGCCAGAGCGUUCGAAGGUCGCGUCAUAGAUGGCACGGAUGCGGAGCUGGGUCUGGCCAAGUACCAGAUCUCACUGCAGGGAAGCUAUUACUACGAUCACAUGUGCGGUGGAGCGAUCCUCAACGAGCGGUGGGUCGUGACGGCGGCCCACUGUGUUUACGGAUAUAAUCCCAGCUACCUGCGGGUGGCCACCGGCACUGUUCGCUGGGCCGAGCCCGAUGCUAGGUACUUUGUGGAGGAGUACUGGGUGCACUGCAACUACAACGUACCUAACUACGCCAACGACAUUGCCCUGAUCAAGCUGAACGACUCGAUUGUGUUUAACGAGGUCACACAGCCCAUAGCCUUGCCCAAGGAGCCGCUGGCCAAUGGCACAGAACUCCUGCUCACUGGAUGGGGCUCUACCGAACUGUGGGGUGACUCCCCUGAUGUGCUGCAGAAGGCCUCCCUCACGUACGUCGAUUAUCCCACUUGCCAGAAGUUACUGGACAACGAUCCCCUGAACGGUUAUUGCCACGUGUGCACGCUGACGUCGGGCGGACAGGGCGCCUGCCACGGCGACUCCGGAGGUCCGCUGACAGCCAACGGACAGCUGUACGUCGUGGUCAGCUGGGGCUAUCCCUGUGCCACUCACCGCCGGACAAUGCGUGAAGGGUUAUCCGGCAGACAGGCUCCAAGUGGCCACCGGGAGCAUUCGCUAUACGCUGCCAGGAGCUAUAUACUAUCCGGAGUCCAUUUACCUGCACUGCAACUACGACCUACAACUACGACUACGAACCCAGCCUGUGGCUCUGCCCACUGCAGCCUUUCCCCAGGGCACAGCGGAACUCCUCUUCACCGGCUGGGGGUCACAGUCGGUGGCUGGUAGUCUUCCCGUUCAGCUGCAGCGUGUCCAGCAGCAGCACAUCACCAGCCAGGUCUGCUCGACCCUGCUCGCCGCCUACGAGGAUG